UCAAGCAUUCAGAAGUCCCAAAAAAUAAAAUUAAGCAGUUUUACUACGAUAAAACCAUGAUUUAUUUUGGUAAAGGUUGUGCCCUCCAAGUGUUUUAGUUGAAGAAAUUAAAGAGGCUGUAGCAUUUCUAUUACAAAAAGGUGGCCAAAAUCGCCAAUGAAGUGGAUAUUUGAAUUAAAUGUUUGGUCAAUAUUGAACAAGGAUUUGAAUGUCCUGACUCCUGUAAGUGUAACAACAGCAAUUACCAGGCCAUUGGUGCCCGUGGCAGGCAUUUAUAAUAAUACAAAUUAUUUAUUUUGUGUUAUCUUACAUUAUCUUUUAACAGUGUUAUAAAACCAUGUGGUUAUUAUAAAUUAACCAAUCAUUAUUGCCUCAUUGUUUUUAUAUAAUAAAUUUUAAGCCAUGAAAACUAGAAUAUUAAGUCAAAUGCGUUGUUGGUGGUGGUGAAAUUAUUACAGACAUUAAAAAACGUUAGUAACGUCAACAGUCAAAAAAGUAGGCUAUUAUGUGCCUAUAUUUUCCUUAUUUUUUAUCUUUAUUGUUAAUCAUUAAAUGUAGCUUAUAUUAAUAAGAAAUGUGAUAUAUAUGUAAAAAGAUAGGCACAUUUAAUUCAGUGACGCAAUCUUUUGCAUUUUCUACAUCACUAAAUACACCACUAGAUGGCAGCAUGUACUUUUUUUUUUUAGAAUUUGUUGCAAAAUAAUGUCAACAAUCUGUACAAAAUAUUAGACAACCCUCCAAAAUACAAUAUUAUACAGCACUAUGUAUCUUACUAUAUUUAACACAAACCAAUAUUUCAUUUUUAGGGUAUUGACUGGGAUUAGGUCUCAAGCAGUUAUCAGAGAAUGGCUGUGCUUUCUUACUUUCAGGGUCCGGUUCCUUUAAACAUCUUUCUGCUGUGCAUAUUUAUAUACACAAUAAUGCAUAUUUCGCUGUCGUGUUCUCAUUAACGACACUGGUCAAACAAUUAUGUAAAUCGUUUUAUGUGAAAUGCUACGCGUUGAAAAGAAAAAUAAUCACUGAGCCGGUUCAUUGAAAAACGAACUGUUCAUAAGAACCGAUUCCCGGAAAUGAGUCAGACUGUCCUUUUUGACUCUCCGUAGUAACUUCUUUAACGCUCACGUGAUCACAACAACGAAAAUUUACCGCGAAAACUGUCUGCGCGAGUACAUUGGAAAUAUAGCUAGCUAAGACUUUAUCCCUCCCAGAAAUAUUGAAAUCUUUCAGUUACAAACAAAUUUAUAAUGUUCUGCGAAAAGUCAGUCGAGCUUAUUAGAGAACUACAUCGGAUGGGCGACGGCCAGCUGCCCGCUUUUAAUGAAGACGGUAUUCGCCAAGUCCUGGAGGAAAUGAAGGCGCUUUACGAACAGAAUCAGACUGAUGUGAAUGAGGCAAAGACGGAGGGAAAGAGUGAGCUGAUCCCAUCCAUCAAGUUCAGGCACAGCUGCCUGCUGAGAAACCAGCGCUGCAUCGCCGCAUACCUUUAUGAUCGCCUCCUGCGAAUCCGUGCUCUCAGAUGGGAGUAUGGCAGUGUGCUGCCCACAACCAUUCGCUUUCAUAUGUGUGCUGAAGAGAUGGAGUGGUUCAAUCAGUACAAAAAGUCUUUGGCAACCUAUAUGAGGUCAAUAGGGGGAGAGGAAGGUUUGGACAUAACACAGGACAUGAAGCCCCCUAAGAGUUUAUACAUCGAGGUGCGCUGUCUCAAGGACCAUGGAGAAUUUGAAAUAGAUGAUGGCACUGUCAUUCUGCUGAAGAAAAAUAGCCAGCACUUUUUACCCAGAUGGAAAUGUGAGCAGCUUAUUCGGCAGGGUGUAUUAGAGCACGUCAUCUCCUAACAUGGAGCAGCUGUAUUGUGGAUACCUUCCUUCAUGUUCAUUUAGAUAUUACAAGUUUAAACUAGAGUGAAUUAUAGAAUCAGAAAGUUACACAGGUAAAACUUUACUUGGUCACAUUCUUUACAGUGGUACAUGAUGCAUUUACAAACAGUGGUGUCACACUUUCAUCUCCCAGCAAGCUCUUUUCAAUGAGGUGUACAUCAUAAGAGACAUCUGCAACACUUAACAAUAAGUUAUCUCAAAGUGGACAUUAGUGCAUCAUGAUUGACAAUUGUGCAAUUAAAAGAUAGUAUUUGUAUCAAAACUGUACAUUGUGUGAAUACUGUGCUUUUGGUUAUUGCAUCAUAAUGGGCAUUAAAACUGCAGUAAAAUAUUAU